CAUUUUCAUUUGUCAAAUGUCAACUUGUCAAGAGAAAGUUUGCAAUUGCCCCAACUUUAUUUAACAAAAAUUUAGUUUUCUAUAUUUAUUCCAGUGGUAUUUUCGUUUUCAAGAUUGUAUAUUGUGUACGUUUCUUGAACAUUAACUCCUCAGAAAACAUUAUAUACUUACGAAUAAACUACUGAAAAGUUUACGAGUUUCCUGCAAAGUUAACAUAAAAGUGGUCACAAGUAACUUUUUAUCGGAAUCUGAUUAUUUUAUCGGGAGCCGCGAGCAGUGAAAGCAGUGCCAGAACCAGAAGCCAAUAGUUGGGCCGCCGCCCCUUAUCAUAGAAGGAGUGAGUCGGUGCGGGCAGGCAGUGCGGGCGGGCGCGCCCGCGCGGUGAUGGUGCCAUGGCCGGGCGGCGCGUGACGCGCAAGUGGGAGGUGUUCGCGGGCCGGAACCGCUUCUGGUGCGACGGGCGGCUCAUGACGGCGCCGCACCCCGGCGUGUUCCUGCUCACGCUCGCGCUCAUCUGCGGCACCAGCGCGCUGCACUUCGCCUUCGAUGCGCCCUACCUGGCGGCGCGCGUGUCGGCCGCGCUGCCCGCCGCCGGCGCCGCGCUGUGCGGCGUGACGCUGGCGGCGCUGCUGCGCACGGCGCUGUCCGACCCCGGCAUCCUGCCGCGCGCGCUGCCGCCCGAGGACGAGCCCGCGCCGCCGCGCCCGCCGCCGCGCGCGCGCGAGGUGCUGGUGCGCGGCCGCGCCGUCAAGCUCAAGUACUGCUUCACGUGCAAGAUGUUCCGCCCGCCGCGCGCCUCGCACUGCUCGCUGUGCGACAACUGCGUGGAGCGCUUCGACCACCACUGCCCCUGGGUGGGCAACUGCGUGGGCAAGCGCAACUACCGCCACUUCUACCUGUUCGUGGUGUCGCUGGCCUUCCUCGCCGUGUUCGUGCUGGCGUGCGCCGCCGCGCACCUGGCGCUGCUGGCGCGCGGCGCGGGGCUGGGCGCGGCGCUGCGCGCGUCGCCCGCGUCCGCGCUUGCGGCCGCCGUGUGCUUCCUGGCCGUGUGGUCGGUGCUGGGGUUGGCCGGCUUCCACACCUACCUCGCCUCCACCGACCAGACCACCAACGAGGACAUCAAGGGCGCCUUCGCGUCUCGCCGCGGCGCGCCCAACACCAACCCCUACUCGCGCGGCAACGCGUGCGCCAACUGCUGGCACGUGCUGUGCGGCCCGCUGCAGCCCAGCCUCAUCGACCGGCGCGGGCUCGUGCUGGACCCGCGCGACGAGCUGCCGCCGCGCUUCGCGCAAGCGCUGUGCGCCCAGCCGCAGCUGCAGCCGCCCGCGCCCGCUCCCGCUCCCGCGCCCGCGCCCGCGCCCGCGCCUGCGCCCGCGCCCGCGCGCCACGCGUACAUGAACCACAGCCUCGACCUCGACCCCGUGCCACUGCACGAGGUGUGCCUGAAGGUGGGUGGUGGCAGCACUGUCGGCGGCGGCGGCGGCGCGGCGGUAGCGGCGGGCGGCGCUCUCAGCGCGUCCCGCUUGCGCUUGUUGCAUGACACCACCAUGAUCGACGCGGCGCUGGACCUGGACGACCCCGAGCCGCCGCGCGCGCCGCUGGCGCCGCCGGUGCCGCCCGCGACGCGCCCCGCGCUCGCCCUGUCCGUGUGACGCACGCCCGCGCCGCCCGGCGCUACUCUUUUGUAAAUAUGUCCCGCGACUACCCCCGAUAUAUAGAAUAAAUGGUUCCGCCAACA